AUGGCAAAGAAAAUAUUUUUAUUGUUAUUAAUUGUGGAAGUUUUCGGUGAUAAUAUUGACAAUUUCUUGGCUGAAAUCUUCAAGGAGAAACCUUCGGCUGAAUCAUUACCAAAAUCUGGUGAAGCCUGCACCAUGGACGACGGUCGACACGGAGUCUGUACUUCCAUGUUUUCAUGUCAAGACAACAUCAACUCUAACGAAAAGAAGCUUGUUAACAUUGGGGUACGUAAUAACUGCGAUCACUAUUUGGAUACGUGCUGUUCUGUACCAUCUGAGCCCGAAAAUGCAGAAAAGGCAUCUGAAGAAACUGACAAC